AUGUAUAGUCAGGUUGGGUCAUUGAUCAAUCGUUGGUCCAUGAUCCAAAAAUGCACAAAUAAGUUUUGUGCACAUCUAGCUCAAGUAGAGUCAUUGCACCCCAGUGGUGCGACCGAACAAAAUAAGAUUGAAAAGGCAAAAAUAUUGUACAAAGAGAUGGAACAAGGGAACUUCACAUUGGACUAUUCUUGGAAUCUUUUGAGACACCAACCCAAAUGGCAUCAACAUAUGAAUACGCUGAAUACGAGGAGAAAGCCACAUAAUAAACGUCAUUCCAAUAAGCAGUCAAGUGAAGUUUUGGGCGAUGUUGUGGAGAAGAAUGUUGAAAGGCCUACUGGAAAAAAUGCUGAAAGGAAAAAUUGA